UAUUUUCUCUCUCUAAACUUCUUCAAUUUUUUUCAUUUGGGUUGUUUUUGUUUUUUUCGUAAGAUGAAUCAUCAAUUUGAUUAUAUGGGUAUUGAAUUUUUGAAAUGGGUAAUUUGCUUUUUCAUUUUUUUUUAAAAUUUUGAAAUGGGUGAUUAUUAUUUUUAAUUUUUUUUAUUCUUUGAAUUUGAUUUUCUAAAGUGUUUGCAUUUAAUUGUGGUUACAUUUAUUGUGUUUUUGAUGAUGGUGGGCUAUUUGCAGUUUUGAUGAUAAUUGAAUAUGGUUUAUAAUGAGAUAUAAUAUAAUUUGUCAGUUUAUAAAAUUUACUUCACAAAUGGGUUUUUAUCAAUUAUACUCGGUAUUAUUCUUUGAUUUUGAUUUCUUGCAUUUGAUUUUAUGCAUUUAUUGUUAUUGUGAUGAUGAUGAAGAAUGGUGGGUUGAUUGCAGUUUUGAUGAUAAAAUUGACGAUUGAACAAUAAAAGAGUAAAAAGUUGGCACAUUUCAAAGAUGUCUGGGUUUGAGGGUGUACUUGUUUCUGAUCCUCGGUUGCAAAGUCAAUUUACCCAAGUGGAGCUUCGCAGCCUCAAGUCUAAGUUUUCUGCGUUAAAGUUGCAAUCUGGUCAUGUUACAGUGUCGGAUUUGCCACCAGUUUUUGCGAAACUUAAGGGUAUUAAUGGGAUGUAUACGGAGAAUGAAGUGAGAGCUGCAUUGGAGGAUUCAUAUCCUGACUUGACACACGAGAUUGAUUUCGAAUCUUUCCUAAGGGAAUAUCUUGGUUUUCAAGGCCGAGCUAGUGGGAAAGGUACUGGUUAUAAACGAGCUACUUCCAUACUCAGACAAUCGACCACCACCCAUUUCCAUGUCAUUAGUGAAUCAGAGAAGGAAUCAUAUGUUACACACAUUAACAAUCAUCUGGCGGAGGAUCCCUUCUUGAAGAAAUAUCUUCCUAUAGACCCAAAAACAAACCAGCUAUUUGAACUUGUCAAAGAUGGAGUUCUUCUUUGUAAGUUGAUUAAUCUUGCUGUGCCUGGGACGAUAGAUGAAAGAGCAAUAAACACCAAAAAAACGCAAAAUCCUUGGGAGAGAAAUGAGAACCACACACUUUGUCUUAAUUCCGCAAAGGCUAUAGGCUGCACUGUUGUUAACAUUGGCACACAGGACUUGGUGGAGGGACGACGUCAUCUGGUUAUGGGAUUGAUUUCUCAAAUUAUUAAGAUUCAAUUGCUAGCUGACCUUAAUUUGAAGAAGACGCCUCAACUUGUGGAGUUGGUGGAGGAUAAUCAGGAUGUGGAGGAGCUCAUGAAUUUGCCACCAGAUAAGGUCUUGUUGAAAUGGAUGAACUUCCAGCUGAAGAAAUCAGGAUAUAAAAAGGAGGUGACAAAUUUCUCCACUGAUUUAAAGGAUGGUGAAGCUUAUGCUCAUUUACUAAAUGUACUUGCACCUGAACACAAAACCAACUCUACUUUGGAAACUAAAGAUCCUACUCAAAGAGCAAAACUGAUCGUGGAACAAGCAGGGAAAUUGGAUUGUAAUAGAUAUAUCAGUCCAAAGGAUAUUGUAGAGGGAUCAACCAAUUUAAAUCUUACAUUUGUUGCUCAAAUUUUCCAACACAGAAAUGGUCUGACUGCUGAGGUUGAUACAGAGAAGAUCUCCCUCACUAAUGUUUUAGAUGAUGACUUGGAAACUUCGAGGGAAGAGAGAUGCUUUCGACUCUGGAUUAAUAGUCUCGGAGUUUCAUCAUAUGUCAAUAAUUUGUUUGAGGAUGUUAGACAAGGAUGGGUGCUUUUGGAAGUAUUGGAUAAAGUUUUCCCAGGAUCAGUCAACUGGAGACAUGCUAAUAAACCUCCUAUCAAGAUGCCAUUCAAGAAAGUUGAAAAUUGCAAUCAAGUUAUUGAUAUUGGAAAAAGAUUGAACUUCUCCCUAGUUAACGUUGCUGGAAAUGAUAUUGUACAAGGAAAUAAAAAGCUCAUCAUAGCUUUUCUCUGGCAGUUGAUGAGGUUUACAAUGCUCCAACUACUGAAAAAUUUGAGAUCUUUCUCACAAGGGAGAGAGAUUACAGAUGCACAUAUUCUUGAAUGGGCAAACAAAAAGGUCAAGAGUUCAGGGAAAUCUUCUCAGAUAGAUAGCUUCAAAGAUAAAAGUCUAUCUAGUGGGAUAUUUUUCCUGGAACUUCUUAGUGCAGUGGAGCCAAGAGUGGUUGAUUGGACAGUUGUAACCAAAGGCGAAAAUGAUGAGGAUAAGAAGCUGAAUGCUUCUUACAUAAUCAGUGUUGCCAGAAAGCUUGGAUGCUCUAUAUUUUUGUUGCCUGAGGAUAUCGUAGAGGUAAAUCAGAAGAUGAUACUCACCUUAACAGCAAGCAUCAUGUACUGGAGCCUUCAGAAAAAACCAGGGCAGCUGGCUGUUCUCGAAGAAACUGAAGAUGCUUCCCCUACAGCUGCUGAAGAUUCAAUUGACCCAGAAGAUGUUUCCCCUACCGCUGCUGAAGAUUCAAUCGAUCCUGAAGAUGCCUCCCCUACUGCUGUUGAUGAUUUGACUGGCCCUGCUGAGGCUUCCCCAACUGCUGUUGAAGAUUCAACCGACCCAGCUUCCCCUGCUGCUGUUGAAGAUUCAACUUAUCCUGCUCAGGCUUCCCCAUCUGCUGCUGAAGGUUCAAUAGACUCUGCUGAGGCAUCCCAAUCAGUAGUGGACCAGCCAAAGGAGAAAUGAAGUUAGUGCAGCAAAUAAUUUUUGUGUCUGCCUCGAUUUUUGUCUUUUCUGGGCUUAAUUGAACGUAAAAUAUAAAAUUAUACAAAUUUUAGAAAAGGAAAAGUAUCAGAAAAAAAGAAAAUCAAAUUUUGUUUUGGAUAUAGGAAAAAUACACAUUUGUUUUUCACAAUGCUUGUAAACAAUAGAAAAGAAGUAUUUGCUCAUGUAAACUUGAAAGCUUUGUGAAUUAGAUUUUUUUUUUUUUUUUUUUUUUUUUUGUGAAAGAAGCUUUGUGGAUUAGAUAAAAAUAUACAUCGUGGCUACAAUUAUUGUAUUAAUUAUAUGCAUAAAGUUUAUACUAGGAAAACAUUUCAUGUGAUAUCUUUUUAUCUUUCACUUAGAUUUUUGUAGUCAAAUUUUUAAGAACUUAAACAGUCGGAGAAGUAUGAUGACGAUGUACUCCCAUUCAAUCUUUUUUGUUCUACUCACUUUCCGUUUUAGGCCGUUUUUUUAAGCUCUACUCACUUUACUGUUUUCUAUUAUACCCCUUUUACCAUGAUACCAUCUUAUACCCUUCAAAUGCCAUAAUAAUUGUACAUUUUCACACUUUCUUACUUUAUUCACCUUUUUCUUACACAAACUCACCUUUUUACAUUUUCCCUCUUACUUUAUCUUAUACUCACUCACA